GACGCCAAAUCUUAGCCAUUCCCUUGAGUCCCCAAACCCCACCAGCCUCCAGAGAGGGGAAGGCGAAGCUGAGAAAGAAAACAGGCGUGCCUGGAGCGCGCUGGCUUCCAGGGAGAAGGUGGCAAAGACAGGGAUUUCGGUACCCCCCCCCCCCCCCCCAGCCCCCAUCCACGAGCGCGGGUGCGCGUCGACUCCUUUUGUUCGCACUCCUCUCGUGGUAGCUGGAACCUGGCACUGGAGAUGGGGCUUUUGCGAGGCUCGCUGGCUCCGCCGUGCGCCUAGUGCGUUAGUCGACUUCGCGCUCGCGGUGCCAGCAGCCGGCGCGCUCCGCUCUCAGCGAGCGGCGGACCGGCGGGGACAGCGCGCCGCGCGCCCGGGUUGGGGACGCGGCUGAAAGCCGGGCGCCGGCGCCGGGGUGCGCGCCCCUCCGCUGGGGACCUCGGGACGCCGCCGGCCGAGCCAUGACGGACGCCAGCAACAGGAAAGAGGGCUUCAAAAAAUGCCGGAGCGCCACUUUCAGCAUCGAUGGCUACAGCUUCACCAUCGUUGCAAAUGAAGCCGGAGAUAAGACUGCCAGGCCACUUGCCCGCUUCUCCCGGUCUAAGUCGCAGAACUGUCUCUGGAACUCUCUCAUUGAUGGGCUCACAGGGAAUGUCAAGGAGAAGCCACGGCCUACGAUUGUCCAUGACCCCCGGCCACCCGAGGAAAUCCUUGCUGAUGAACUGCCUCCGCUCGAUAGCCCGGAAGCCUUGGUGAAAACGUCCUUCAGGUUACGAUCUUUGGUCAAACAAUUAGAGAGAGGGGAGGCUUCAGUGGUAGAUCUCAAGAAGAAUUUGGAAUAUGCAGCCUCCGUGCUUGAAUCUGUGUACAUUGAUGAAACCAGGCGACUCCUGGAUACGGAGGAUGAGCUCAGUGACAUUCAGUCAGAUGCAGUGCCUUCUGAGGUCCGAGAUUGGCUGGCUUCCACCUUCACACGGCAGAUGGGGAUGAUGCUCAGAAGAAGUGAGGAGAAGCCGCGGUUCAAGAGCAUCGUCCACGCAGUGCAGGCUGGGAUAUUUGUGGAGAGAAUGUAUAGACGGACAUCAAACAUGGUUGGACUGAGCUAUCCACCAGCUGUUAUUGAAGCAUUAAAGGAUGUGGACAAGUGGUCCUUUGAUGUCUUUUCCCUCAACGAAGCCAGUGGGGACCAUGCACUGAAAUUCAUUUUCUAUGAGUUACUCACUCGCUAUGAUUUGAUCAGUCGUUUCAAGAUCCCCAUUUCUGCACUUGUCUCAUUUGUGGAGGCUCUGGAAGUGGGAUACAGCAAGCACAAAAAUCCUUACCACAAUUUGAUGCACGCUGCUGACGUCACACAGACUGUGCAUUACCUUCUCUAUAAGACAGGAGUAGCAAACUGGCUGACGGAGCUGGAGAUCUUUGCUAUAAUCUUCUCAGCUGCCAUCCAUGACUACGAGCACACCGGAACCACCAACAAUUUCCACAUUCAGACCCGGUCUGACCCAGCGAUUCUGUACAACGAUAGGUCUGUUUUAGAAAAUCACCAUUUAAGUGCAGCCUAUCGCCUUCUGCAGGAGGAUGAGGAAAUGAAUAUUUUGAUCAACCUCUCGAAGGAUGACUGGAGGGAGUUUCGGACCUUGGUAAUUGAGAUGGUGAUGGCCACAGAUAUGUCCUGUCAUUUUCAGCAAAUCAAAGCAAUGAAGACUGCUCUUCAACAGCCAGAAGCAAUUGAAAAGCCAAAAGCAUUAUCCUUGAUGUUGCACACGGCAGACAUCAGCCAUCCAGCAAAAGCGUGGGAGCUCCACCAUCGCUGGACCAUGUCACUCCUGGAGGAGUUCUUUAGACAGGGUGAUAGAGAAGCAGAGCUGGGUCUGCCUUUUUCUCCUUUGUGUGAUCGGAAGUCCACCAUGGUUGCCCAGUCUCAAGUAGGUUUCAUUGAUUUCAUUGUGGAACCCACCUUCACUGUGCUCACAGACAUGACAGAAAAGAUCGUGAGUCCAUUCAUUGAUGAACCCUCUCAAAGUGGGGGCACAGGGCAGAGACGUUCAAGUUUGAACAACAUCAGUUCAACAGAUGUAAAGCGAUCAGGUGUCAAGAGCUCUGGCUCAGAAGGAAGUGCCCCAAUCAACAACUCUGUCAUCCCUGUUGACUAUAAGAGCUUUAAAGCCACUUGGACUGAGGUGGUACACAUUAACCGGGAGAGAUGGAGGGCCAAGGUGCCCAAAGAGGAGAAAGCCAAGAAGGAGGCGGAAGAAAAGGCUCGCCUGGCUGCAGAGGAGAAGCAAAAGGAAAUGGAAGCCAAAAGCCAAGCUGAAGAAAGUGCGUCUGGCAAAGCUGAGAAGAAGACAUCUGGGGAAGCUAAGAAUCAAGUCAACGGAACACGAACAAAUAAAAGCAACAACCCUCACGGGAAAAAUUCCAAAACUGAGAAGUCAUCGGGAGAAAAGCAGCAGAAUGGUGACUUGAAAGAUGGUAAAAAUAAGACAGGCAAGAAGGAUCAAUCUGAUGUCGGAAAUGAUUCAAAGAAAACAGAUGGCACAAAGAAGCGUUCUCAGGGCUCACCUGCCCCAAGCACUAGCUCCACAAGUCACCUUACCUUGCCAGUCAUCAAGCCUCCUCUGCGUCACUUUAAACGCCCUGCUUAUGCAUCUAGCUCCUAUGUGCCUUCAGUCCCAAAGAAAACUGAUGAGCAUCCUGCAAGGUACAAGAUGCUGGAUCAGAGGAUCAAAAUGAAAAAGAUUCAGAACAUCUCACAUAACUGGAACAGAAAAUAGGUCAAGGGGAAGAGGGAGUGAAGGAGAGGCCUGCUCAGCUGCCUCUGCACACUCACCAGCCACAGCCGGUUAUGUCUCCAGGAACUCUGGAGGCCUUUGAGGCUGGCACUAUCGUUGUUGACUCCACCAAGGCAUGGUGAAGACUGUAUGUGAGUUUCCCCUUUGCUAUUCUAUUAUAGAUCCAUCAAUCAUAGGCUUUGGGCAGCCUCUAGCGGCAAACAAGUAAGAGUUGUCUCCUGUGGCUUUUAUCGGUAUAGAUCUUUCAAAAGUCUAAAUUGGACCAAAGUUAAAAUGAUGCAACCUGUUCAGAAAAAAUGAAAUUCCUCCCACUGACACUUUUUUCAUCCCUGGAAAUUAACUUGCCUCAAUGAAAAUAUCGGUUUAAUAUUAAUCACUGUCUUUAAGAAAUGCACUGUUUAAAACAUCAUUUCUGAUUUUCAAUACAAAUAUUUAAAAUUCAUCAAAAAACAGAAUUUUCAAAGUAAAUGCAUUCCAAACAAAAGUUGUACUUUUAAAUGAUGCAAUCUUAAAGGGCAAAGAGGACUGAUGAGUUGUGUUCAUAGGUACUUCUGAACUUCGGCUUCACAAAGCAGGUCCAAGUAAAAAAUAAAGACCCUUGUCUUCAUUCUUUCUUUUUUUGCUGCACAGGUUGUAGGGUCUUAGUUCCCUGAUUGAGGAUUGAACCCAGAUCCUUGGUAGUAGAAGUGUGGAGUCCCAACCACUGGCCUGCCAGGGAAUUCUCAAGUAUUUAUUUUGUUUCUCGUUGUAAGCCUUAUGCCUGAUUGCCUCACUGUCGGGCCUAGAGAGUUGGGAGGAGAUGCAUUUUGGCUCUGCUUUCCUCCAGUCCUUCAUCUUCACUCACAGUAGACAAUGCCAGGAGUCAAUGGGAUGCCCACGCCUCAGAGUCUCCUGCUUUAACAUUCACCCAGGAGAUGUCCGUUUAGUCUCAUGGGCCUCCUUCAGGAGAAUAUAAAAUGCUGAACCCAAUUUGAAUUUCUUAUUUGCUGAUUUUUCUCCAUAAGGUUAGAUGUAUCUUUAAGUAAAAUUUCUGGUCAUCUUCCCAAUAGACCACAUAUCUAAGUCUCUUUGGGAGCCCAAUUGAUCUCACAGCUGUGGGCAGCAUAGAAGUCUGUAACUUACCUUUCUUCAUGGUGGCAUUUUUUAGCCCUUCCGUAAGUUUCCCUGGAGUUCUUACUUUGGGACUAAAUUCACAAAAAUGGUAAGGAGAGUUUCAAGGUCAGAAAUAGCUUUUGAUCCCUUCGGAAAUAGUCUGGUGCAGUGGAAAACUUCAGGUUUGUUGUUGGGCAGGUCUGAUCUCCAAGCCUGUCCUGAAUAUAGCUAGUUGCAGGUCCUCAGUCUAUAUGGCAUAACCUUGAAAAGCCUCUGUUUGCUUACUUAGAAAGUGGGCUUCACAACUCCCACUCUUUCCUUUUGUGAUGAAGAUUAGGGAUUACUGGGUUCCGAUUGCUAUUGCUGAGCCUGGAGAGCCAUCAGUGCACAGCAGAGGUUGCCUUGAGCAUCCCACAGCCAGAAAAACUCUCUGGGAUGUCUGUCAAAGGGAGGUGUGUGCCCUGAGCCACAGCCUUUGGGAUCUGAUUGUAAACGGCUUGUCGUCUUCUCCUCUCUUUCUCCACGUUUACUUCCGACAAACCACAGCUUUGCAAGUUGAGUUAGCACCAGAGUUUAGUGCCCAUCAUGCUAUUGAGCAGUUUAUUUACAAUGUGCUUUAUGAUGGUAUUUUGGGGAAAUUUAAUUAGUAUACAGAAGAAAAUCACUGUAACUUCCUUAAGGAAGCAAUUGUAAUUCUUAGCUCCCUGCUUGGUGCCUGAGCAAAAGGAUACUUCCUUAGGCUGGUAGAGUCUCAUCCACCUGAAUUAGGUUAACUCGAUAGGUAAUUCCUACCUGUAUUGUUGUUUAGUCGCUAAGUAAUGUCUGACACUUUUGUGACCCCAUGGACUGUAGCCUAUCAGGCUCCUCUGUCUGUGGGAUUUUCCAGGCAAGAAUACUGGAGUGGGUUGCCAUUUCCUUGUCCAGGGGAUCUUCCCAACCCAGGGAUGGAACCAGCAUCUCCUGCAUUGGGAGGCAGAUUCUUUACCGCUGAGCCACCUGGGAAGCCCACUUGUUUGUAUACAGAUAUGUUCGUGUUUGCUGCCCACAGCCAUUCGGACACACAGUGAAACUGAGCAUGAGGUAGUGGCCUCCAGUGGAUCAACCCACAAAUGAUGGUCCUCACCUGUCUGUCAAUACAGUCUGUCAACUUCAGUGGUAGUGCUGAAACCGUGGCUGUGCUUUCUUGUCUGUGCUUCUUGGCAUUGGAAGUCAUGAUCCUGGGGAAGAAAGCUGGCUCCUUCUGUAUUCUUUAAUCCCAAGCUGUCACUUUUCAGCCUUUGUUUAUCUUUUAUUUGAGCAAAUGUACAGAUAUUGAAAUUCUGCAUUGCUUAUGAAAUGCCUACCAUAUUUUUUGCAUGAUGGAUUGUAUAGAUGUGCCAGAUUAUA